GGUUCGUAAUGCGGGCAUCGCUCUCGCCUUCUCCUCUGGUGUCAAUUUGCCGCUCUGCCGCCCGUGAGACUGUUGUGGUUCAAAAAAAAUUGGGAGGAGUCUAGCUUGGGCCCGUAGAUUUCCAGCAGAUAAAGCACGCCGAUGAUGAUGUUCUUUUCGAUACUUGUUCCGCCGCUCGUUCCGCUACUCCUCCUGCUAAAAGGAAGUGAAAAACUCCGUGGCGAUGAAUCCAAACCGGGCGUUACUGCAAUUGUUCGGCGCUUCGAACAAAUCAUCUACUCAAUCUUUACCAAUAUCAGUCAUGGGAACCUACCAGAGGGAAGCGGAGUGCACGGGCGUCAAUGGGGCACAGAUGAAGCCUUCUGUUCCCUGGACCAUUUUCGCAUUCAAAAGUACUGGCCCGUCGAUUAUCCUGAUUACGUCGCCGAUCUGACCACACAAAUGCAACAAUUCUCCCUAGCAGAAGCCGGGGUCUCAUGGAAGUAAAAGGAGGAAAGCAACCUUGGGGCCAAAUUUGUGACAUGUUGAUACAACUUGCUGAUGAUGUGGCCAAGGAGAAAUCCGCGGACCACAAGAUCAACGUAUGGUUCACUCGACAUUCUCGUGAGUGAAACGGUUUUACGCUAUGCAAGGAUUCUUUCGUCGGUUGGUCUCGCGUAUGCCCG